CCUCCUCCCACUUUUUCUCUCUCUCGAAUAGUAUUUUCGCAUCCUCCGCAAAAUGGCAGGCAUCGUCUCCGCCGCCAACCUGGGGGGUGUCGCCGACCCGCGCCUGGGCAACGAAGCCGACCUCAUUGGCACCGAGGCCGAACACGGCAUCAUCGUCGACGACCACAGCCAGCAUGGCCACCCCGGCAGCAAGGAACGGUCGCUCCACACCAUCCCCGCCCCCGUCAUGCACGGCUCGAACAACAUCUACCUCGACUCCAGCAUCUCCUUCGAGAACUACCUGUUCUGGGCCAAGCGCUCCCGCGAGUUCGAGAAGCAUAUCCGCACCGACAACCAGGGCUUCCAGCACUUGUGGAAUGUGAUGCUGGGGCGCAAGCAGAAGGGUCCAGUCGAGGGUGCGGUUGCGGCUGGGGAUGAGAAGGCUGCGAUGUCGGAGAAGGCGGAUUCCGGGGAUGGGUAUGGGGGCGAGCGAGAGGGGAACGGCGAUCAGUAUGGCAUUACCGAGACGGAGUGGGAGCUGGCCCAGCGGGCCGCGAGAACGGCAACCUGGGGCUCGAUUUUCUAUCUGAUCACCACCGAUAUCCUGGGUCCGACGAACGUGCCUUGGGCGAUUAGUGAAAUGGGUUACGGCCCUGGUUUUGCGUUGUAUACGGUGUUUGGUGUCAUGGCAUACUAUUCCGGAAUGCAGCUUUGGAAGAUCUUCAACGGUCUCGAUUCAACCCGCUAUCCCAUGCGCAACUACGGCGAUGUAGCCUUCCGUAUCUUCGGCCCCAUUGCUCGCAUCGGCGUCAACAUUCUUCAGAGCUUCCAGUUCUUCCUGAACGUGACCUUGCUGAUUGUCAGCAACGGUCAGGGGUUGGGUCAAAUGGCUGCCGGAGUGAAUGGCACGGGAAAACUAUGCUUCAUCGUGUGUGAGGUCAUCUUCAUGCUCCUCGGCUUCGUUCUAGGACAGAUUCGGACCUUGCAGCGCUUGUCUUGGCUAUCGAACCUGGCCAUCUGGAUGAACUUUACAGUGAUUCUCAUCACUAUGGGCGUCGUCUACGUAUACCCCCCCACCGACAGUGUCGCCAGCUCUACCAACCUCAAUCCCGAACCCAUUCGGACCAGCGCCAACUGGCCGGCGGACGGGACUCUGUACACCCGGAUGACGGCGGUGAUGAACUGUGUCUUCGCCUACGGUGGAGCCACCCUCUUCAACGAGCUGAUGGCCGAGAUGCGGCGCCCCUUCGAUUUCUGGAAAGGCUUCAUCUGCGCCGAGGUUUUCAUCUACGUGUGCUACCUCGUCGAAGGAAUGGUCGUCUACAACGCGCAGGGCCAGUAUACCUUCAACCCGGCCUACCAGGGAAUCCCCGACUCCGCUUACAGCUACCAAACCGGCUGUAACGCCCUCUCGCUCAUCUCAGGCGUGAUCGCGGCUCUGUUGUACGGCAACAUCGGCAUCAAGGUCUUCUACGCCUCGGUCCUGCGCGACGUCUUCCACUUCCCGCCGCUGGAUCACCGGACCGGGAAACUGAUCUGGAUUGCUCUUGUCCCGAUCUACUGGUGCCUCGCCUGGGUCGUCGCCGCCGCCAUCCCGCAGAUCAGCAACCUCACCUCCUUCGUCGGCGCGCUCUGCAUCCUCCAGUUCUCCUACACCUUCCCGCCCAUGCUCCUCGUCGGGUUCAACGUGCAGAAGGACGCCAUCCUGCCCGAGGAGACCUUCGACCCCCACACGGGCGAGACGAAGCGCGUGGACUCCGGGUGGAAGCGCUGGGUCCGCGGGUACCGUCAGCAGUUCGCCCGGAAUACCUUUGAUGUGCUGUACUCGUUGGCCGCGUUGGGCACGGCGGGGCUGGGGCUGUGGGCGUCGAUUGUGGCGAUGGAGGCGGAUUUCAAGGGAUCGCCGUUGACGCCGUUCACCUGUACGAACCCGGCGGGUUAGGGAUGCUCUGUCCUGUACCCGGCUCUUGAGAGAAGGCAGGCGUGGCGAGCAGUGGGAUGCAUGGGCUGUAUGUUAUGCUAGAUGUGGAAUUGGCUUUCGUUCGGC